AUGGCAAUGAAGGAGUUUGUGAAGAAGAUGUCUCCUCUCACCCGGGACGAUAUGUUUCGGCGGCGUGUGGAUGCGCUGGAGUGGAUCACUGAGUCAAAGCUGCUGGAGCUCGUGAAUGAGCGCGGCGAGGCGAUCCUGUUGGACUCUCUGCGUGCAUACCCGACUGCCGUGGCGUCUGUCAGUCAGGGCGAGGCCGCUCGCCCUGCACUAUACAACGGACUUGUGCAUGUCCGCGCGACCGUCCCUGCAGCCUGGCUGCUCCAGGCAGGUGGGGGCAUGGAGAGUGUGUCCGAGACGACAAGACCGUGCUCACAGCUGACUCAUUCUGCACCUUCAACCUCUCGCAUGGCCGGUGCUGCUUCAACAGUGACCGAGUUGCCGUUUACGCCAGACGAGUCGGACGACGGAAGCGACGGCGCUGCAGCACUCAGCAGCGCCGAAAGAGAGGCGAUCAUCAGGGAAGCUUUCCUGCGGGCCCUUCGAAAUUGGGACACCGCCAUGCAGCUGCGCCGCGAGCGCGCCGAGGAAAGCGUCACUUUGGCGGCUCGCGACUCUGCCCCGGACUUGCCUCGAUACACUCAUCUCACAAACAUGUACAACGCGAUUCUUCGAGAAGCCGCUGCUACGACGAGCGCGAGUACGACUGGUGAGGACGCAGAUAUCGAGGUGGCGCCAACUCCACUGACCCCGGCUGCACGGUACAUCCUGAAGAGACUCCGGAUGGACACUCUUGAGUCCAUCGUCGAGAAUAGCAGUGUCGUCGUCACCGUUGGUCACACGGCAAGCGCGGGUGCGCAGGGACCGAACGGGUACCCGGCCAUGACAUCGAGGCCGAUAUGGGUGGUACGGGGAACAGCCCGCCACCCGGCCACGUUCGUCGCGCUGCGCCACUCGACUGACGUGUCGCCACCGCGUUUUCGCUACGUGCAACCGCGCGUGACGGUCGCCACGCGCGCGAACGGCUACGGUGGCUGGGGGUCGGAUAGCGUGGUGCCGACCAAGGCGGACGUGUACGAAAUCCUCAAGUACGUGCCUGUGAACUGGGGCUCUAUUGGCAACCUCAACCUCCCACCGGAGGUAAAGAAGAAGCACAUACGCACCUCGUCGUUGGUGGUGUGGUUCCGCCGGCAGCCCUUCUACUUUGAAUUGAGGGACAUGAACGGCACGCUGGAGGUGCGGCGCAGCAUCGUCCUCCACCCGGAGGCGCACGGCAUGACGAAGGAGGAGGCGUGGGAGGUGUUAGAGCUGCAGUUGGCGACCGGGGAGGCGAACAGUCUCGUGCCGCUCGGCGUAGACGGCGCCCCUUUGCGGCCGACGGAGAGCACCUUCGACCGCAGCAUCACGAAGUUUGUGUAUCGUGUGUGUCCGACCUACUUUGCGCCCCUCUCGCUCACCAUGCAGCGCUACGUCAAGAAGAACCUUACGGAGCCGAUGCUCAUGACCUUUGUGCGGCGCUUCCCGCAGGACUUCGAGGUGUUCACGUCACGCUACAGCGACAUACCGCUGGUCCGGCGUCGUGCAGGCGCCGACAGCGCGCGCUGGCUUACCAACUUUGUGGCAGAUCUGGAGAGAUACCCGGAGGAUGUUCGUGGCAUUCUGGUGCUCUGCAACUCCAUGUGUGCCGCGUGGGAUCGACCAGAGUACAUCUACGUGCGACUCUCCUCGACGGAGCAAGAAAUCGUGGGUGGGUAUGCGGGGAUGCAGACGAUCCUGGGUCGCCACCCGGCGAUCUUCCGUGUGGGUCAGCACUUUGUGUGCCGAACCGACCCGUCGAAUCCGCUGGCGCAGCACGAGGUAGAGCCAGCCGCCGAUGGCGUGGCAGCCGUCACCCCCAUUCAUGAGGAGAACCCGUACCACAGCCCCAAGGAGCUGGCGCUGGUUUUCCAUUAUAUCAUGCCCGAGAAUGAGCCGUGCACGGCCGCAUACCUCGUGGACUGCUCGAGUCCGGCAAUGCGAGCCCUCUUACCGCCGCGCCUGGUAACCAUUGUGCAGCUGUUCCCCAAGAUGUUCGCCUGCACAGAGACGUCGCCGGGUGUGUACUCUAUCCGAAAAGUGAAGCAGCCAGCUCGCAAGGCGGCUCACGGCGUGGCGAGGGACGACUGCAGCAGCGAGGAAGAGGACGCGAUUCAGAUGCUGGAAGAUGAGCUCGCGGACGAGGACCGCAUGACGCGCGAGGAGGUUGUGCACGCGGUGCGCAUGCUCAUCCCCGAGUCUGGGGUCGAUGCGCCGCAGCUGCUGCUGUGGGCAUCGAUGGGCGUACAACGGGCGGCGGGCGAGUACUUUGGCGGUGUCUUGCGGCUUGUUGAGUCGCUGCCGGGGCAGUUCCGCGUCGUCACGAAGGAGCACGCGAAGAGGAUUUACAGGAAGUGA